AUGACGAACGCGGCGAUAUCUCGCAGCUUCAAAAGCCUGUGGUCGGGCAACAGCCGGACGGCCAGGCACUACCAGCAACAGCGCACGAUCGACCCGGCAUUGACGAGGCAAGCCCUCCUCAACAACUACAGGGCGGCCCAGGGCGAUUACAGCAUAGCCGGCAGUUCGCGUUCAGCUCGUUCGUUCUCGCCGAAGGACGCCUGCGGCUCGCCCGCCCGACUCUGCAAGACGAGGUACAACACAACCGCGCCCAUGUACGGUGUCAGCCUGACGAGCGGCCAGCCCGUUACGAUCGUCCAAAAGUUCCCGGAUCUCCUCCAACAGGUCGUCUUUGAAGUUUGCGAAUCAAAAGAAUGCGACCUCGUGCACGGCGAGUGCACGCAGACGUACGUGCCGUACCUGUUCCUGGUGAUACCCCUGGGCCCGGUCACACUAACCGGCCAGGACUACGUCCUCGUGGAGAGCGGCUGCGUUUGCAAGCCCAAGAACAGCUACUCGGCUGACAGCUCGGACGUCGUGUCCGUGCCCUCCUACUGA